AAGAAGAAGCACGGUGGAGGUUGGAAAAGCAAGGUUGAUUCUGCAUAGAUGUUGGCUAAGGCAGGUGGGUUUGGCGUUUGGUGUGUCAGUGUGUGACUUGUUGAUUGUGCGCCAAUCACCAUCCCUACAAAUAAUGCCAAUCAUAGCGCCAAGUUCAAGCAAUUUUUCAGCGCCUCUCAAUAGCUGCUUCUAUCACAACCAAUGGAACUUUGUCACCUCAACAAUGGUUUCAAAAUUGAUAACAAAUGCCUCACUCAACUCAUCAAGGAGAAAAACCUACACCUUCUUCGAGAGCUCGAAGGCAUUGAUGGCGUUGUAUCAGCUCUCCAAACCGACAUUGAGCGUGGCAUCGACGAUGAUGGUGACAACAUCGCUCGCCGGCUUGAAGCAUUCGGUUCAAACACGUACAAGAAGCCGCCUUCAAAAAGCCUCUUCCAUUUUAUGCGGCAAGCUUCUAAGGAUCUUACCAUUGUCAUCCUCUUAGGCUGCGCUGCGCUCUCACUUGGAUUCGGCAUAAAGCAGCAUGGACUAAAAGAAGGAUGGUAUGAUGGAGGAAGCAUCUUUGUUGCGGUUUUUCUUAUCGUGGCUGUAUCUGCCUUUAGUGACUACAAGCAGAACAAGCAAUUCCGGAAGUUGUCCAAAGCAAAUGAGGACAUUCCAAUUGAUGUUGUGAGAGGUGGGAGGAGGCAACAGAUUUCAACCCUCGAUAUUGUUGUUGGAGAUGUUGUGUUCUUGAAGAUUGGGGAUCAAGUUCCUGCUGAUGGAUUGUUCUUGCGUGGACAUUCAUUGCGCAUGGACGAAUCAAGCAUGACGGGGGAGAGUGAGCAUGUGGAAGUUAAUGGCGGCCAUAAUCCGUUCUUGUUUUCAGGAACCAAGGUCGUUGAUGGAUAUGGCGAAUUGCUUGUGGCUUCAGUUGGCAUGAACUCAACAUGGGGCGAAAUGAUGAGCUUAAUCAGUCGUGACACGAGUGAUCAGCAGACGCCAUUACAAGCGCGGCUAAGUAAACUAACCCCGCUGAUGGCGAAGAUUGGUUUGGGUGUUGCACUCAUAGUUUUCGUGGUCUUGUUAGCACGUUACUUCACGGGCAACACAAAGAGCAAGAGUGAAUUUGGCAAGUUUGAGGGCAGCAAGAUGAAGAUUGAUGAUGUGGUGAAUGCGGUGGUAGAUAUGGUAGCAGUUGCAGUUAUUGUUAUUGUGAUUGCAAUUCCUGAAGGCUUCCCGUUGGCUGUCACUCUGACUCUUGCUUAUUCGAUGAAGAAGAUGAUGGCGGACCAAGCAUUGGUAAGGAGGCUCUCUGCUUGCGAAACAAUGGGAUGUGCCACCGUAAUUUGCACAGACAAGACAGGCACACUAACGCUCAACGAGAUGAAGGUUACAAAGUUUUGGCUUGGACAUGAAUCUGUGGAAGAUGAUGCUGGUUAUUCAUCAACUUCUCAUUGUCUUCUCGAUUUAAUUCGAGAAGGAGUAGCGUUUAACACAACCGGUAGUGUUUAUAGGCCUAGUUCAGGAUCGGGAUUUGAGUUUUCGGGCAGUCCUACUGAAAAAGCCAUUCUUUCAUGGGCUACUCUGGAGCUGCACAUGGACAUGGAGGAAUUGAAGAAGCAAUGUGUCAUUCAACAUGUUGAAGUCUUCAAUUCGCAUAAGAAACGAAGUGGGGUUUUGAUGAGAAGGAAGGCUGACAAUACUACCCAUGUGCAUUGGAAAGGAGCUGCAGAAAUGUUACUAGAAAUAUGCUCGAGUUACUACGAUGCAUCUGGUGUCACGAAAGAUCUGAAUGAUGAUGAAAGGUUGAAGUUUGAGCAGAUUAUUCAAGGCAUGGCAGCAAGCAGUCUCCGAUGCAUUGCAUUUGCACACAAACAAGUUCAGGAAAAGCACAUUAAUGACGAAAAUAAGUACGAAAAGCUCGAAGAAAGCAGCUUGAUCCUUUUAGGAUUGGUAGGUCUAAAGGAUCCAUGUCGGCCAGGAGUGAUGGAUGCCGUAGAAGCUUGUCAGUUAGCCGGGGUGCAGGUGAAAAUGAUCACCGGCGACAAUGUUUUCACCGCUACAGCAAUAGCUAGCGAGUGCGGGAUACUCCGGCCUGACCAGGAAGCCAAGGAAGCAGUGGUAGCAGGUAUAGAAUUUCGCAACUACACGCCAGAGCAAAGAAUGCAGAAAGUUGAUGGAAUUCACGUGAUGGCGAGGUCUUCGCCAUUUGAUAAGCUUCUGAUGGUGCAGUGCUUGAAACAGAAAGGCAAUGUAGUAGCUGUGACAGGUGAUGGCACGAAUGAUGCGCCCGCACUCAAAGAAGCGGACAUAGGACUCUCGAUGGGAAUUCAGGGCACGGAAGUGGCGAAGGAGAGCUCAGACAUUGUCAUUUUAGAUGACAACUUUGCAACUUUGGUAACUGUUUUAAGAUGGGGAAGAGGAGUUUAUGCCAACAUCCAAAAGUUUGUUCAAUUCCAGCUCACAAUAAAUGUUGCAACUCUUGUGGUCAACUUUGUGGCAGCUGCCUCGGCUGGCGAAGUACCUUUAACAGCGGUCCAGCUAUUGUGGGUGAAUCUGAUUAUGGAUACAAUGGCGGCUCUAGCACUCGCCACCGAUAAGCCCGCCAAAGAGCUCAUGGAAAGGCCACCCGUGGGUCAGACGGAUCCUGUGAUCACCAACGUCAUGUGGAGGAACCUUAUACCCCAAGCUUUGUUCCAGAUAGUUGUGCUCUUGAUCUUGCAGUUCAAAGGCAGAUCAAUAUUUGGUGUUAGUGAGAAGGUAAACAACACGUUGCUCUUCAAUGUAUUUGUGUUUUGCCAAGUGUUUAAUGAGUUUAAUUCAAGGGAUAUGGAGAGGGUUAAUGUCUUCGGAGGGAGUCAGAGGAACAAGCUGUUUUGGGGCAUCGUCGUCGUAACAAUUGCAGUUCAGGUGGUUAUGGUGGAACUUCUGAACAAGUUUGCAGAUACAGAGCCGUUAAGUUGGGGACAGUGGGGUGCAUGCAUUGGGAUUGCAGCCAUAUCUUGGCCUAUUAGUUGGGUUUUCAAGUUCAUACCAGUUCCUGCUAAGCCAAUAUUCAGCUCUGGGAUAGUAAACGUGGGUUAGAGCAGUUGGCCGAGGCAAAGUACCUGUAGCAUUGCACCCAAGUUCAAAUCCCCCACCCUAUAUAUUAGAGUAAUAUAGAAUUUAAUGCAACUUCAAAUCCCCCACCCUGUAAAUUAGAGUAAUAUAGAAUUCAGUGUGUAAAAUUAUGGAGCAAUUAAAUAAGAUUGACGGUGCAUGGUUGAAUGCAAUGAGUAUGGAUGGUUCUGGAUGGGUGGCGUGGAAUUGUGGUGGUGGCGAAGGCGGAGGCGGAGGCGGUAAGAGCUGCUGCGCCGAUGGUAUGUGUGGAGAAAGAAUGCUGGUUCUCAUAUCUAAAAAUGUUCAGAAGUCAAUCUGUCAUCCAAGAAAUUUAGAUUUGAUCAUGCUUUUCUUUUGUUCAACACCUUAAAUUAUAGCCGGUGCAUACAAUAGAGGAGGGUUUUGACAAAUUUAAAGGCAUAGCAUUAUCUCUGUUCUAUGGAAGAAAACCACAGUACAUGCGAUGCGGGCAU